AUGUCUCCUACGCCUGAAGAAGAGGAACCCGUGAAUGUCAAGAGAUCUGGCAGUAAGCCAGGAGAGGAGGAGGAUGCGCCGGCGGUAGUCGACGCCACGCCGAAGCAGGCCGCUAAGAAACGGACCAAGACUGGCUGUCUCAGUGAGUUUGACCUUGUCUUCGGGUACCACUUGCGAAGCAAUGACACUGAUGCCUUCUCUAAAAAGCAUGCCGUAAACGACGAGCAGGUGUGCAAGAACUGCAUCAAGUCGAAGCGCGAAUGUGCGGGAUACUCUCAACCUGUUGGGUACAAGGAGCAGAACCAAGGACAGACCGACACGCCCUCUGAGGCCGGCGCUCAGUUAUCGUUUUCAGAUCACGAUGUCACAGCUGCGCUCAACCAACGAUGGCAGCCAGGACAAGAAUACCUUGGACUGCCACACGACUUCGCUCAAACGAACCCUACGCCUUACAAUCAAUUACCAUUUAGCGCCAGCUACCAUGCGAUGCCAUAUGCUCCAGGCAACCUCUCCACGCACCCAGCCGUUCCUGUCACAAACACAGAAUAUGGGUGGCAGAGUACUCAACAUCUACCAAACCUGUCAUACCAUGGGAUGCCCGAAACCUCAGGAGGAAAUGUACCGGGGUUCGCCUCAUCGGACAAUCAGGUUGCAAGUUCGACGGCCUUCUUCCCUCUCGAUCCGCGACUGAUGGAGCAGUCGGCGACAUGGGGCUUGGACCCUUCUUUGGCGCAAAUGCAGGCGCCACAUUCAGCAUUCCCGUCCAAUAGUCACAUUCUCACAUCACAGCAGCCGGGCCUGGCACAGUUUCAACCGCGACGUGGUCCACUGUCAUAUCAGUAUGGGGUAUCACCUCUCCCUAUAGAGGAACCUGUGGCUAGGCAAUACAGUACGCAUGGUAGUACGCAUCAGCCGGGGUUCAUAAGUGCUGCCUCAUCCCAUGGUCUUUCUAUGCUCGCCCAACAUCCAGGUCACCUGAAUGACGAUGAUUAUGAGGAUCCUGAUGAUCCGUUCGAUGUCGAAAUGGAAGAUUCGAACCUGUCUUAUCAAGAGGCGGCAAGCAAUCUCACAGAGAUACUCGGUCGUGCCGGACAGCUCGAUCCACAGGCUGCAAAAUUGUAUGUCCCCAGGAGGACAGAGUAUCGGACUGUUGCGACAUACCGGCCGACAGUAGCACACUCACCACUUCGCGAAGAAAGGAACGAGCAUGUAUUUUGCCAUUUCGUCGAAAUCACGAGCAACACUAUAUCCAUCUUUGAGAGACAUCACUACAGUCCGAUUGCAGCCCCUGCUCGGACUCUCUGGAAUUUCACGAUACCAGCUAUGGCUUUGUCGCAUACGGCGCUUGCUCACGCAAUCUUGGCAUUGGGAGCCCUUCAUCUUGCGAAAUUGAACACAACUUCAGAAAACCUUGCGAUCAAGCAUUUCACCUGUGCGGUUCGAAGAGUUGGGAGACUCCUAGGACUUCCCAAACGGCGGCAUGAAAUAGCGACGCUGGCUACAGUUCUACUCCUCGGAUACUAUGAAGUGGUCUCUGGUGACCAUUCACGAUGGAACCUUCAUUUGACAGGGGCUAUGAGGCUCCUGCAAGAGCAUGAUUAUGCUGGCUUAACUCGAACGGCGAGACGAAUGCGAACGGGGGCAAAAGCGCGAGUCAAUCAAUGGACGGCUCAAUUUACAUUGACCGAUGAGAACUAUGCCCGUGUAGCGGGUAUCCCUCUUGCCUUACUUGACGACACCGACUGGGAGGUUGAUCAGGUGCUCAUAUCCCACCUGACAGGCCUACGUGUGAACUAUGAUCAACAAUUCCAACCGAACUUCAGCUCGCGUCCUGCGAUGCCAGAUCUUACCGAGAAAGACGUCGAGGACUUCAAGGCGAAGAUGGAUUUGAGGUGGUGGUACUGCAAGCAAGAUGUUUUCCAAAGUAUGGUGUCCGGCGAUCGGCUGCUGAUGCCUUUCGAGGACUGGAUCUUCUGUCCACCCAGGGGUCAAAUUGGACGGCCGGACAAUCCGUAUGCCACUUUGGAUCAUCUGCUACUGGUCAUGGCACGCCUGGCAGACUUCGGUGGCAAGGACCGCGGGCGCAAACAGAGGGCGGUGGCUGCCCAGGGAGGACAAUGGAAACCACCAAAAUGGCUGUUUGGACCUCAAGGACCACCUGGUCCGCCAGGGAAGAAGGACAGCUCCACUCUUCCGAAACAGGCUACAGGAUCACCCCCUGAAAAGGCUUCUGCAGCCGCCAAAUCGGCGGCCCCUAGUGCCAACGAAGGCAGAGUCAGACAGAGCAAACCCGGUUUACAGGGUGGGCCAGGCCCAGGACCGGGUGCCGCUCCUCCUAUGCUUGGAAUGCUGCCACCUGCGUCAGAGCCUCCGCAGUUGGACUCAGCUUACCGAUCUAUGGACGCGAGUAUCAAGGACUCGGCUUUUGCAUACAGACGAGACCGGAAGGAGACCACACCGCCAAGCGAUCUCGACGACGAGACUGCCCGAGCAUUGACAGAGUAUAAUGCGAUAAGCAAAGCCUUUGACAGCUUCGCAGAAUCCCUCAGCCCGGAAUUUGAGCCUCUGAAGCACAACGGACCGCCCGUCGCUACGCCCUUCGGGCCGGCGGUCAUAUACAAGAACGGUGCAAUUGCAUGUAUAUGGGCUUGUUACUAUGUUGGACGCAUCUCUCUGCAAAGACUUCAUCCCGAGAUGCCGGCGGCAGCCAUGAUUGCUGCUGGCGCCACGGCACAUCUCACUCGAGAGUAUACGCAGAUGGUGGGCAAGAUCUGUGCAGGGCUGUACUCACGGCAGCAGUAUGGCCAGAGCGGGGCCCUCGAUCCCAGCUUCGCAGGCUACCUCAUGGAGAGUACGUUCUUCCUCCUGUUUGCAGCAAUCCAAUACACCGACGCCGCGCAGCGAGGCUGGACAAUAAGCAAACUCCGAGACGUCGAACGCAGAUGCGGAUGGCGCACCUCCGGUGCUAUUGCUGGUGCGUGCGAGACUGCAUGGGAACGAAUGGGCCAAGCAGGAAGAGGCCCCCCAUACGAGCGAACUCUUUCUACCCACAGCGAGGACAUCCGCUUGAGCAGGACGCCGACGAAGUUGUCACCAUCAAGUGGAGACGCAUUGGAUACCGCUGCUGAACAGCAUGAGUCUGAGUUCGUGAACCACGAUCGGAGCCUCAUUGAUCGGUCCAGCUCUACCCGUGUGCAUUGGGCAAUAGGGUUGCUUUCUGUUGAAGAAGACAUCCAGAGGAUGGCUCUGGAGGACUCGUAG